GCGCGCCCAGGCAAACGGACUGCUGGGCAGCGGAGGGGAAGGCAACGGAGCGAGGAGUGACCCCCCCCCCUCCAGCUACUAUUUCUGAUCCUCCUCCGCGCACGGACCCGCCGCCAUUAUGUUGUGGUUCCCUGGCACCAUCCCGGCUGCUAUCGCCACCGCCAAGCAGCGCAGCGCGGUGUUCGUGGUGUUCGUGGAAGGAGAUGAUGAACAAUCCACAGAGAUGGCUGCCAGCUGGGAGAACGAGAAGGUGACAGAGGCAACAACAGAUGGCUUUGUGGCUAUUAAAAUUAAUACUCAAAGUGAAGCCUGCCUGCAGUUCUCACAAAUUUAUCCUGUGGUAUGUGUUCCAUCCAGUUUCUUCAUAGGAGACAAUGGAGUCCCCUUGGAAGUAAUUGCUGGCAGUGUUUCUGCAGAAGAACUUAUUACAAGAAUUCAUAAAGUCAAGCAGAUGCACAUGUUAAAAAAUGAAGCAUUACAAAGCUCUGCUUCAUGUUCCUCCUCUUUAAAUAGUGUCGCAGAAGACUCUCAGUCCCAAAUAGCUGAGACUGUUGAAGUACAACCUGAAACACCGCAUUUAACCUCAGCUGCGGAAGUCAACUCAGUCCAGGCAAAUGAAGAGCAUGACAGCAGAGUGGAACCACAGACCACUGAUGACCUUAAGACUAAAGUAGAAAGAGUGACACAAAAACUUGAAGAAAGACGAGAAGAGAGAAAGAAAGAAGAACAACAGAAAGAAAUAAAGAAAGAAAUUGAAAGAAGAAAAAGUGGGAAAGAUAUGUUGGAGUAUAAAAGGAAACAGGAAGAAGAGCUUACGAAACGAAUAUUGGAAGAGAGGAACCGAGAAAAAGCUGAAGACAAAGCUGCAAGAGAACGCAUCAGACAGCAGAUUGCAUUGGAUCGUGCUGAAAGAGCAGCCCGCUUUGCAAGGUCUAAGGAAGAAGCAGAAGCUGCAAAAGCUGCUGCUCUCCAGGCUAAGCAAGCUGAAAUGGAAGCCAGGAAGGAAGCAUCCCAGAGGGAAAGAAGUGCUAUAGCAAGAAUUCAGUUUCGUCUUCCAGAUGGAUCUUCCUUUACUAAUACUUUCCCUUCAGAUGCUCCCUUGGAAGAAGCUCGACAAUUUGCUGCACAGACAGUUGGCAACACAUAUGGUAAUUUUUCAUUGGCAACAAUGUUUCCCAGAAGGGAAUUUACCAAAGAUGAUUAUGGAAAAAAAUUAUUGGACCUGGAGCUUGCCCCAAGUGCUUCAGUAGUUUUGUUGCCCGCAGGAAGGCCAGCCACAGCAGUUGUACAGUCCUCUAGUGGAGAUUUCUGGAAAUUCCUUGGCACACUUCUGUAUCCACUGAUAGCUGUUUGGCGAUUUAUUAGCAAUUUCUUGUUUGCCAGUACUCCGCCUUCCCAGCCAACCACGAGGCACCAUCAGCAGGAGCACUCAGAGACCUCAGCGUCUAAUACUGCGGAGCCAAGCAGACAAGCAGUUAGGAAACGAGUACUGGAAAAACGAGGUGAAGAAUUCAAAAAAGAAGGCAAAAUCUACCGUUUGAGAACUCAAGAUGAUGGAGAAGAUGAUAACAACACAUGGAAUGGAAACUCAACCCAGCAAAUGUAGUUUGGGCAAGCUGUACAUAGUAAUCAUUGAUUUUUUUCUUAUUUGAUUUAAUUUCAGUUAAACUUCUGCUAUAAAAGUGAGCUUGAAUGGGUAUCCUGCCUGCACUACACCUUAUUCCUGGUUACAGUACAUAGAAUAAGGUGUUAAUUCAGUUGUGUAGCAGUAUACUGCAAAAGUAAGUACUGCCAAAAGCUCAAAGAAUGUAAAGAAUCCCUAUCUUCUAUCAGCGUUCACAAUUUUGAAUUUCAUACUUAAUAGCCCUGUUGUCACCUGAAGGCAAUUUUUAUCUAUAGAAAUCUUGGAACAAAUCAGAAACUCUGAUUAUAGAACAAGCCAGUCUGAUUAGCAGAAGCAUAAACCUAGCAAAUUGGAUAACUUAUUUUUUUUUCCUUUAGUGCUUCUGCAGUUCCAAAAUAAUACUGGUAGUUUUUAAUCUCAAAGCAUUAAAUAAAGUUUUUCCAAAAAAA